UGCCGUGCAAUCUCAAUCUCUCCCCUGAUGAGCAGAUGAAGGCCCCACCAGUUCUGUAUUGGAUUUUCUUAACACAGGACAAAAUCGACCCCCUUAAACUGUGGGUCCCCUCUGAGGCAUAUGUUGGACGUGUAGACCGUCUGGACAAUGAUCCGUACACUUCAAACUUGUCCAUACUCCUCAAGGAUGUCCAGUGGGCUGACAGUGGGAAAUACCAGUGCAAAGUCUCUGUCAACACAAACCGAGAUAGUUUCAGGAGGAAUGGAGAUAAAACAUUACUAAUGCUUUAUGACAACUUGACCUUUAACCUCAUCAAUCACAGUGACUCUCUGCUCCGGUGUGAAGUAAAUGUGAGCCAGGAUGCCAGAUUCGUUUUGUCCAUUUUUCAUAAUGGAUACAAACUUCAACCCGUUGACUGUGCUCCAAGAGACACCAGUGCAGCUCUGCACUACGGCACACUCUCUGAGACCAUUUCUCUGAGGAAAGAAGGAGAAUACGAGUGUCAGCUGCACCUGAACGAAACGCUGGUCACAAAUAGCACCUUCCACUACCAUCUGAAUGAUGCUGCAGAUGCUGAAAAAAAUGUUUCGGUAACACCUCCAAUUACUGAUUCUGAGCCAAGUUUGGGUCCAUUUCCAGAGCCAUGGUUCCUGUAUGUGGCUCUCCUCCUGGUGCCUGUCUCCACCCUGCUGGCACUUUUAACUGCCCUGCUGAUUUACAGAUGCUGAGUUUGCCAACAUCUGGCUGUAACAGAGAGGUGUAGCAACGGCUCGUUUUCCAAUCAACGUCAUUCUUAAUCAAGGCCAAUGUCCUAUAAAUUCAAGUUAAAAGGGAAGUGCUCUGACUGACAGUAUUAUUCACCAUAAAGUUAGCUGACUUCUGAAUAAUAUAGAAUGAUGACAGAAGUGAUUAUAUGUGAAUAUGAAAUGAUAUAUGACAAAAGUAAUACUCUUAUUUAUUCAUUCAAUACUAUUCAAUAAGGCUUUAUUGGCACAAAUGUUAAAAAAACAAUGGUGCCAAAGCACAAGUACAACUUCUUACAAAUAUUUAAUAAUAAUAAUAAUAAUAAUAAUAAAUGUUAUUUGUAAAGCACUUUUCAUUGUUAAAAGCAAUCUCAAGGUGCUGUUGUUGUGUAUUUGGACAAUACACAACAACAGUAAGAUUCUUACAGAUUUUUAGUGGUUCAUAAUGAUACUAGACUUGUGGUUUUAUCCUCACAGGAAUACUUCAGUUUAAAUCAGAAAAAUCUAAGUAAAUCCCCUCCACAGGUUCCUCCUUCAUCAGAAAUGUAAAUAACUGGUUCGCUUUUUUCGGUUUCAAGCUUCAAUUCCUUCACAAUAUUUUCUGUUCCCCAGGUUUAAGGUGAAGAAAGGUUGUUUUUUUUGUUUUGUUUUUAUCGCCCUCUAACGGUGACUAAGAGCAGUUGCACAUAUUGAGGGUGACACUUUCUCCUUUUUUAAAAAAUUAUUAAAGCAUUUUUCUUGACUUAAAACUUGGAAUAUAAUCGGUUCACUUUAAGCAUAAAUCUAAACUACUUGCAAUGAAUGACUCAUCAACAUGAAAAAGCAAAACCUGUGGCUGAAACUGAAAGAAGCAAAUGUAUUUCUUUUUUAAUUAAAAGUAUUGCUGCAUCAACUUGCCUUCUUCACAGAAGAUGUG